GUGUGACGCUGUGUGUGAGGGCAGUAUCCUGAGCUCCAGACUCUCAGUCAUUCACUCAGACUCACACACACACAGGAGGAGGUAUUGCUCACUGGUGCUCAGACACACACAGAGGAAGAGGAGGCAACAGCGAGAGACAAGAGGUGAUUAAAAAAAAGGAGCUGCAAAGCACUAAAACAAAAGAGUGAAAGAAAAACAAGAAAAGAUGACAAUUGGCAAGAACUCCAGGAAAAGCUCUGUGCGGAGCUCCAUCCGGGCCCCAAAGUUCCUGGACAAAUCUAAUGGCUUCUACGGUCGCCUUGAUGAGCCUGAGACUGCCGGAGAAGGGGAGGAGGUGAUGGGAAAAGAAGUGGAGGAGAGGUGGAGUGGUACGGAAGAAAGCAACACACAGGGCAGCAACCAGAGCUCAAGUGUGAUGCAAAACUCUGGGUCACACGAGAGGGAAGAGGCCGCCGUGUUCGACUUCAACGAAGGAAUGAUGGAAGACGACGGGGAGACUCUCCUCCAGAGGAAGUCCAGCCGCCGCAGCAGCAGGUGGAGAAGAAGCUCCAGGAGGAAGCAGAAGGAGGGGAAAACCGAUGGGGAAGCAGUCCGGGAUGAGAGGCCAAGCCUGGGCACAGAGAGUCCAGCUGACCCAGACGUCCUGGAGGACACCAGGGUGAUUAUUGAGGUAGAGAUGGAGAAAGCAAAGAAGGUGGAGGAAGAGAAGGCAGGAAGGGGGAAGGAGUCGACACUUGUGCACUUCCCGGUUCGGGAGGAUGCGGACGACCAGGUCCUGAUCAGAGAGAAGAAGAGGGGGAGAGAAGAGGAGGGGGAAGAGGAGAAGAGGAUGAAGAGGGAGCAAGAGGAGGGGAUGAAAAUGGUGAAGAGGAACACAGUGAAAAAUUACCGCAAGGCCUUGGACCGAGCUUUUCGUCGCGGCUGGGAGGCCUUCAUCACCAACCUCUACAGCGUCACGCUCACACCUGUGACAUCAUCCUCACCAACAUCUUCUUCACCUUUGUCGAAGAAGAAACAGCAGAACAACUCUGUGCUAGCCGAGUGUUGGUAGAACUGGAGAGUGACAUGGACAAUAAAACGACCCCCUCUCUAAUAUUUAGUUUUUUCAAAUCAUGAUUAUGCACUGUGUUGUGACGGACGGUCCUGCCUUCACUAGGGACUGUUAUAGUCACAUGAUGUGUUUGAGUCACGCAGUAGGCCUCAGAAGCAUUAAUUAUUUAUGUAGGUUACUGAGUCGUAAUUACUCAUCAUAAAAUGUACUGCCUUGUCUCAUUGUGGUGCACUUUGGUUUGCACACAGACUGCAGGGUAUUCAGUUUUACUUUAUGUUUGGGAGAGCCAAGCUGUUUAUAUUACAUUGAAGUCUAUGGGACGGACUUGAAUGGAGAAGUCCGGUCUUUAUGUGACUGAGUUCAGCGGCUCCUGGUUCACCUCUACUAUGUUGCUAAGUUCAGAUUAUGUCUUUAGCUCCUUACAUUUGGUCCACUAUUAGGAGCUCAGAGCACAAAUAAUCCGUCCUUCCUUUGGUUUAGCACUAUGAAACUACCAAAGUGUUGAUGUGCAGCCAAAAGGAGUGGAAAUUUUCAACUGCGAACACGAUGACUGAUUAGUGGACUUUAGUUCUGGAGAUAUUCACAUUUUUGUAUGUUAAUCAGUGCCAUUUAUUGCUGUUUGGUAGUUAAUCAGUAAUGAGAGGAGGACAAACACACAGCUAAUCAGUGAUUGUGAUAGUGAUUAACACACAUUAGUAUGUUAAUAUCUGUGGAGAGACUGCAGUUUUUUAGCAAUGUUAACCUAUAUAAACAGGGCUUUUCCAUCUGUGUGCGCACAGGAAUACAGAGGUGCACAGCUUGUCAGUGUUUGACUUCCUCACUGUGUGUUCUGGUGAAGGUUAUUUAACCUGAAGGGACAGGGCAGGGGAGUGUACAACAGUGUUAAACAGAAAGGAGAAAGAGAAACAGAUAUUUUUUAUAGCCUGGUCAUAAAUCAGCACUAAACACAGUAAUAAGACUCUUCGCCAUUGCAGCUGUACAUUAUGUUUAUUAAACACAUUUUAGUGAUCCAGGAAAUUUUUCAAUGUAUGAAUGACAGACCCUCGCUAAAAUGGAAAAUGCAAUGUUAACACCAAGCUGUAAUUGCUGUAAAUGCUGUAAUUUCCUGUUGUCCGCUACGUAUUUGGCUUUUAUUACCUCAAGUGUUCUCUUGCAGACCAGACUGAAUAGGUGGGGAAACUUGUGGUUGUACAUAAUGAAUGUCUUAAUUUUUAUAAAGAUUCUUUUGUAUCCUAAUCAAAGCUUCUGAAGUCAUGAACCGUAACAAGAAGCACUUUUCUGAGUAAAUAAAGACUUAAUUUAUUGA